ACAAAUGCGCCUUUGGUAUGCAUUCUAACCUCACAAAACAUAGUUGUAUGCAUAACCUCUAAUCAAGUGUUUAUUUCUUAGUUUUCUAACAUGUUUUACCACAUAUCAUUGGAACAUGAAAUUCUUUUACACCCGCAAUACUUUGGGCCACAACUGCUUGAAAAAGUCAAGACUAAACUUUACACCGAAGUUGAAGGGACGUGCACAGGAAAAUAUGGUUUUGUCAUUGCAGUUACGACCAUCGAUAGCAUUGGGGCCGGUUUAAUAUUACCUGGCCAAGGCUUUGUAAUAUACCCUGUGAAAUAUAAAGCAAUAGUCUUCAGACCGUUUAAAGGUGAAGUACUCGAUGCCGUAGUUCGACAAGUAAAUAAAGUGGGAAUGUUUGCCGAGAUAGGACCACUUUCGUGCUUUAUUUCGCACCAUUCAAUUCCUGCCGAAAUGGAGUUUUGCCCCAAUGUCAACCCGCAGUGCUACAAAACCAAAGAUGAAGACGUAGUUAUUCAUGCAGAGGGUGAAAUUAGAUUAAAAAUAGUGGGAACACGGGUCGACGCCACUGGCAUUUUUGCUAUUGGGACACUGAUGGAUGAUUACCUGGGAUUAAUUAGUAAUUAAGAGGGUUAAUUUGUAUAUUUUUUGUAAACUAGGUGAAAUUAAGUAAUAAAAUUUUUUAUGUUCA